AUGACGAACAGCGAGGAGGCGGGCGACGGGGAGGUGCCCGCCGCGGCGUUGGCGGAGGCCGCUGCCGUCGAUGCGCCGGACGUGGCUCCGGUCAAGGCCGAACUGUCCCUGGACGACGUUUCCGAGGCUCACUCGCUCGGGAACGGGCACGGCAAUGGCGAGCAGGGCACAGCUGGGCUUGGAGCGACUCCUUCCGAGUCGCCGCGGAGUCAGAACGGAGAGGCGGGGCACGGGGCGUCGGCGAAUGGAGGCAACGAGAGCGGCGCGCCGCUGGCGACAUCGCAGCGGGAGGAGCGAGCCGGCGCAGGGGACGAGCCUGCAGGAGGCAAUGGGCAGGGUGCGCACGAUGGGUGGCUCGCGGAUCUGGGAGGCUGGAUGGCGCCACAGCAGGUCGACGACGACGAUUUCUUCGCCGAUUUCGCCGGGCCGCCCAGCGCGCAGGCGCAGGAGCCGGCCCCGGAGGCAACUGUUGCUGCGACUUCAACAGUCGACGCAGAGGCCCCUGCGGAUCACCAGGACGCACCAGCGGCGGGCAGCGACGAGCACGACGGCAGUGACGUCUCUCAGCGGGAUUGCGCGUCGGACGGAGGGCGGGAGCGCGCGCUUUCGGACGGGGACGGGUCGCACCGGUGCUCAGGUGCGAGCGACGCCGAGGACGACGUACAGGCAGAUCGUGGCGCGGACGCUGGCAGUGAUUCUCGCGAGAGAGUUGAAGAGGAGGCGCUGGAGGCAAGCUGUGCUGCUUCAGACGCUUCCGGCGCCCGGCCGGAUGGCGACAAGCUGAGCGGUGGGGAUGACGGGUGCUCCGGCGGCGUAGGACUCGACGACGACGACGGCUGGGGCGACAUGGCGUUUGCGGAGCCAAUACCGGGGCUGGGCGAGGCGCCGCGCGACACGUCACCGGCGCGCGAGGCCCCCUCGUCGCUCCCGCACACACACGACGAGGGGCCCAUCGCCGGGGCUGCGGGCGAGCCCGGCGGCGCCGCAGACGGCGACGACUUCGACGACGGCUUCGACGAUGACGGCUUCGACGAUUUCGUCACCGCCGACGCCGCGCCCCCGCCCGCCCAGGCCCCUCCAUCACUGCCUGCAUCACAGCCCGCAACGCCGGUGGAGCCGCCGGCGCCCGCGGCGGCCCCGAGCAGCUACGACCCCACGCAGCGCGUCGCGCAGGCCGUCACGGCGCUCCUCGGCGCCCUGGGCUUCCACCUCGACAUCACGUACGCUGGCACGCAGCCACGCGCCCCCACCGCCACGCACACCCCCGGGCCUUCCUUCCGCGCCCUCGCCGCGCAGCAGAGCCGCUCGCUGCCGGCGCCGCGCCCGCUCCGACAGUCGGAUCCCCGGCAGGUCCUCGCGGACGCGGCGCUGCGCGCGGCGGAGGUGCUGCGUCAGACGCAACACCUGGGGGAGGACGCGGGGGCGUCGGGGCGCGGCGGGCCGGCGGGGCAGAGGCCCGAGGGCGCUGGGAGCAGGGAGGUGGCGGCGCGGCGGAUGCGGGGCGCGCACCAGUUCGCGAGCCACAGCGCGGGCGCCAGCAUGGACCUGGACGAGAUGGUCUCGAGCUACCUGCCGGCGUCAGCCGACGCGGCCGCGUCGCAGAACGAGGCGCCGCUGGACCCUGCGGGCUGGGAUUUUGCGGGUAGCGACGCCGCGCGCGGCUCCACGUCGGCCGCGGCGGGGCAGCCGGCCGCGCAGGGGGGGAACUUCCUGGAAUGGACUUUUGACACCCCCGCCGCCGCGACCGCGGUCGAGCCGCAGCCGCGCACGUCAGCGGGCGGCCUCGAAGCACUCGAGGCCGCCACGGCGGUCAGCCGGGACGCAGGGCCGGAGGCGCCGCAGGGAGCCGCGAUGCCGCCUGCGUCAGGGGAGGUGUUGACUGAUUCCGGCGUCUUUGAAGGGUUCGGGGAACCCGCGACCCCGCCUGUCCCGCUCGUGGACAGCACAGACGCGUUUGCGUUGUCUGGCGGGGCGCCGUCUGCACCAGUGGCGCAGGGGGGCGUUCCAGAGGCCACACACAUCAGCGACGCCGACGACGAUGAUGAGUUUGGCGACUUUGGAGAUUUCGAGGCUCCCAGCGCCGCUCCAGCCGCCGCAAGCGCGGCCCCAGCCCUCGACGAGGCCUGGGGCGAUGUGGCUGCGCCGCUGGACGCCGGGGCCGCCCCACAAGACGAGCCGAAGCCUGCUGGCGUGGUGUGGGCGGGGGAGGAGCCAGAGGGCGACGACAGCGGGCACAUGGGCGGGUUCGAGGGGUUCCAGCAGCCCAAGUCCUUCGACGGCAGCGUCGGCGCGAUCGCGGGCUCGGAGUCCUCGCUGCGCCGCGACGGUCUGUUGCGCCCGGGCUCGGCCGCGCAGAGCAGCAGCGGCAACGGCGACGAGGACGAGUACGAAGACUGGGGGUGGGCCGAGGUGGCGAAGCCCGCGGCGGACCGCAGCCGGCCGACGGUGACCGACGUGCGCGUGUCGUUCGGGGAGCCCGAGGGCGCCGUCGCCGACGCGUCCUCGACAGACCAGCAGUCGGCAUCGCACCACGCCGUCCGCGGCGCGAGGUUCGAGCUGCCGGAGGGCGUGGUGCUGGAGGCGGUCGACGGUGACGACGCCGCGGCGCCGCAGCUGGACAUCCUCGUGCCGGCGCGCGGCGGGGACUCGGUCGCGGGCGCCCCGAACCUGUCGCCGCGGUCGACGCUGGCCUCAGUGUCGAAGAGCUACCCGCCGUCGCUGGCGCGGGGCGGCGCGAGCGUGGCCGCGGCGGACGACCGCGACGACGACGCCGCGGCGGUCCUCGGCGCGAAGCCCCCGGAGUCCCCGCCGCGCAAGAACGACGACGGCGACGACGACGAGUUCAGCGACCACUUCGAGGAGUACGUGGGGCCCUCCGAGGGGCUCCCGGCGCUCGGGCCGCCGCCGAUCCGGCGCAGCUCGGUGCGCGGCGCGCUGGCGGUGGACCGGCCCGCGCAGGCCCCGAGCGACGCGGGGUCGGAGGUGCCGCAGGACGAGCUGGAGGAGUUCGACUCGUGGGCGACGGCGCUGGCGCAGAAGCGGGAGCGGCUGCUGGCGGGGCCGGAGCGGCAGCCGUCGGAGGGGUCGACGCACGGGCCGGGGAACGUGACGGUGGCGAGCGGGUCGGUGUACGCGGCGUGGAGUGCCAUGGGGGAGUGGGGGGAGGGGUUGUCCGCGCGGAGUGUGUCGCUGCGGGACGGGCGCGGGGCCGAGCGGGGCGCGGACGUGCGGGACGAGAUCUCGAGCGUCGGGGAGGGGUCGCGGAUGAGCGUGGCCGGCCGGGGCGCGAGCGUCGCGGGCGGCGCGGGGCCGAGCGGGGGGCCGCCGCCUGGCGGGCGGCGCGUGGGCGGGGCGCGGGUCGGGAGCGCGCUCUCGGAAGCCGGCACGGCGACGCGGUCGGAGGAGGGCGAGCGCGAGGCGUGGGGGGCGCCGGAGCUCGACACCGCGUCGCUGUCGGCGUUCUCUGUCGCCAGCACCACGCACAGCCAUCUGCCGGCGCUGCGCGAGAACCAGGCGUGGGAGGAGCUCGCGGCGAGCGGGAGCAUGAACGUGGGCGUCAGCGGCACGGACACGCCGACGCGCUGGGGCGGCGUGCCCCCGGAGCUGGCGCGCAUUGCUCAACGCAUUCUCUCUCCUGCGGUGGCGGGGGGGGACCGACGCGGGCGCGGGCGCCGCGCGGGGCUGCCUGGGAUGCCGUACGUGACUCCGCGGAUGGGCGCGCAGGGGGACAACCGCGUCGCUGCGUCGGUUGCGUCGUCGGAGGGCGUGGGGCUGGAGGGAGCUGCGCGGGGGUACGACGCGCAAGGGCCGCCGUCGGUCGCGCAGUUCAGCACGGGAGACGCGGACGCGGACGCGGAUGACGACUUCGGCGAGUUUCUGGACUCGUCGGGGCGGCGACAGACGGCGCGGGACACCACAGGGCCACCGUCGCCGGAACCUGCUGCUGCGUCGCAGGAGGUCGCCGCGGCGGGCGGUGCGGACGCGGGCGACGACGAGUUCGGGGGCUUCGAGGGCGCGACGCCGCCGCCGCAGCCGACCGCCUCGCAGCCGCUCGCGGGCGACCCGCUGUCACCGCUCGACUUCGGGGAGCCUGUGGGCGGGACUCCCCCCGGCCUGACAGCAGCGAUGUCCGCCGCGGCAGCGUCUGGACCGCCGCACGACGCCGCGCCGCAGGGCGCGUCGCAUCUGUUCCAGGUAGCGUCGACGGGGCCCUCACCGCAACGACCGCCAGCGCCGCUGCCAGGGCUCUCUGUGUGGGGCGCUGGCGCUGCUGCGGUGCAGCCACCCACGCCGACGUUUGCGGGCACCACGCUGCCGGACCCUGCGUCCUCCGCCCCGGCAGGGCCCUCGUCGCUCCAGCCGCUGCAGCUCAGCGAGGACGACUUCGGCGACUUUGCCGACGCGCAUCAGAGCGGAGAGCCCUCUGCGGCCCCGCCCCCGGCGGCAUCGUCGUCCUGGUCAUUCGCGCCGCACCCGGCGCCGCAGCCGCUCGGCCCCGCGGCGGCGCCCGGAGCCUCUGCGGCCACGGAGGAGAUCAGCGGGCCGGUGAAGCCGUCGUGGGUGCCGCUGAAGCCCGGCGAGAAGCCGGCGUCGGAGCAGAAGCCGCAGAGCUUUGCGCAGGCGGCGGGGAUCCUGGGCGCGGGACCGGCAACGCGCGCUGGGCCACAGCAGGACCGGUCAGACCAGGGAGCCGACUCCGCGCUGUUCUCGGAUCUCAGCGCCGCGGAGCCGCGCAUUGCGCGCCGGGGAGUAGCGGGGGCGAGCGCGGGCGCCCGCGGGCCGGCGGUGAGCAUGCGGGCGGCGCGCGGGAAGAAGACGAAGCCACAGACCCCCCCGGGGGACGAAUUCGGGGAGUUCACGGGCGGGGGGGGCGAGGGGGACUUCGGGGACUUCGUCGGAUAG